UAGUGGAGGGGCAGUCCACGGAGGCCCCUCUGCGGGCCCUCUGCGGGCCCUCCCCGGGCCCUCCCCCCGGCCUGGGAGUGUGAGUACGUGCGGGCCGCCUGGCAGCGAUGGCGGCCAGUCAGAGAAGCGUUUCCUCAUUCCUCUGAGCUCAGAGAAACCAACAAUAACCGGUUUUUCACUGAUUAUUUCCAGCUGAACUCGGAGCUGAACACUAGGCGUGUUUCCGGGUCUUUUCUGUGUUUGUGUUUUCCGUCACGGAGUCAAACAUGAGAAUGCCGUUGGCGGAGGCGGUGGCGGCGGCCGGGCUGAAGCAGUGCCGGCAGGCCCAGGACCAGCUGGAGGACGCCAUCAGCAGCGUGAUGAAGGCCGAGCAGCAGCUGAGAGAAAACACCAGAGAGGUGCGUGCGGAGCUGCAGAGCUGUGUGAGCCGUCAGCAGGAGGCGCUGCGCUGCAGGGAGGUUUGGCUGCUGGGACAGAUCGAGCUGCUGGAGCAAGUCAAGACGGAAACUCUGCAGCAGCAGCUGCACCAGCUGCACUGGCUCAGAGGACAGUUUGACGUCAUCGUCCAUCAGCUGCAGAACGCCAACAGCAGCAACGACCUCAACAACCAGCUGACCAGCUGCAUGGAAAAGUUGUCCUCCCUCAGUCUGACACCAGAGGAGACACCUGAGAUGAGUUUCCACGCCGACACUCGCUCCCUGAGACAGGCCAUCACCUCGUUCGGCAGCAUCACGGCACAGCUGGUGGAGGGUGUGUCCUCUCAGAGCCCCGCCCAUCAGAGAGGUCCGGUGCAGAGCUGUCCAAUCGCAGCCAAGAAACAGAAGAUGGAGGCCGGCGCUCUGAGCGACUGGCUGCUGGGAACUCCUCCAGCAAGCAGCGCUCCUAUUGGCUACCAGUCCAGCAAGAACCCGCAGGAUUGGCUGAUGGCACACAAGGAGAGCAAGACUUCCUGUCCCGUCCUGGCCUCGGUGGACUUCCUGCAGGCCUGGGGUCAGCUCCGGGACCUGGAGGCGUGGCUCCUGCAGGACCAGACGGCGGUCAGCAGGGAGCGGGCCGACAGCAGCUGCAGCUCCUCCUUCUCCAUCGAGAAGAUCGACGAGUCAGAGUUCACCGUCUCCCCUGAGGAGGAGGACGAGGAGGAGGAGGAGGAGGAGGAGGAGGGGCUGAGCGACUGGCUCAUCACGCCGCCCAUGGAGCACAUGACGGACGCCGAGCAGUGGCGCCGGGUGUUUAAGCCGUUCGAGGGCGGCUGGUCGUCCAGUGAUUGGCUGUCGGGGCCGAGCCGCCCCGCCGCCGACUGCUCCUCCUGCUGCCAGACCUCCACGGCCAUGGAGAUCGAGAACCUGGGCCAGCUCAAGUGCCUGAAGACCCCGCCCGCCUCCAGCCCCGCCGCCUCCCCCGUCUCCCCCGCCCCCGCGGUGGCCCUGGAGGCGUGGCUGCAGCAGGUGGCGCCGCUGCAGCAGACCUGCAGGGCCAACGAGGUCUGCGGCGCCUACGCCGACUGCGUCUGUGACGAGAACUGUGGGAAAGAAGCUCUGAGCCUCUGGCUGCUCAAACAGGACGGACGGGACAAGAACGGCGUCCCGACCGCCAAGAAUGCCCCGCCCACCGAGAAGAAUGCCCCGCCCGCCGAGAAGAACGCCCCGCCCACUGAGAAGAAUGCCCCGCCCACCACAAAGAACGCCCCGCCCCCUCUGCAUCUCAGGGAGCAGGAACAGAAGGUUCAGGCCAUCCUGCAGGCCUGGCUCCACCCCACAGGCUCCUCCUCCUCCUGCAGGGCUCCUCCCCUCUCCUCCUCCUCCUCCUCCUCCCUCUCCGGCUGGGUGGCUCCUGAGGAGGAGAAGGCCAGCAGGGAGGAGCACAGCUCUCACUUCAAGUCCUCCUCGUCCUCCUCGUCUCCGUUCCAGUGUCCUCUGGAUCCAGAACUCUGGGUUCUCCCGGGACAGACUCCGGGGUCCGGAGGUCAGCCCCGACCCGAAGCUGAGGAGGACAAGUGGCUGCUGAGGAAGAGGAGUCAGGCUCAGGAGCGCCUGGCGCUGCCGUCCGUCUGCGACCUGUUCUCCUGUAUGAAGGUGGGCGGAGACAAAGACAAGUGGCUGCACAAAGCUCCUGAACAGAUGUGACGAUGAUGGUGAUGAUGGAUGUUUCUUCUUCUCUCCUCUGAGAGUCACUUUAUUAUCGCUGAUCAGCGCACACGACUGCAAUAAUCUAACCAUCGCCGCCGCCGCCGCCUUCUUUCCUGUGACUUCGCCGCGUCGAGCUCUCGUCCAAUCAGGAUCCAGAGCCGAGCGAUGAAACGACAAUUUUCCCGUGGAAAAAACGGGAAAAUAAUCGACAAUUUAAAUGUUUAAAAUGUUAAAAUUUAAAGCUCGUCAGAAAACUGAAUCUGGUUUGUUUUGGACUUUAAAGAUAAAAUCGUAAAUCAAUUAACUGAGAAAAUAUGAUUGACAGAAAAAUGUCACUGUUUUAACAUCUGAUUUAUAAGUUCAGUAUUUGUUUUUCUUUAAAUUGUUAAAAAUUCUUCGGAGAAUUCAGCUUCUUAAAGAGCAAAUUAAUAAUCAAUGGUGAACAUUUUAUUGUAGUCAAAAUGUGAAUGCAUUUCACCUGCUGAUCCUGAGAGGAAGAGGGAGGGGGCGGAGCCUGAGGGGACAGGGUACCACUGGGGGCGGGGCUACCUGUAUAGUGGGCGGGGUUAAAGCUAGAUAUAAAAUAGCCUUUAUUUUAAUGGAGCUUAUUUUAACAAACCUGUUUUUCACUUUAUUUAACAGAAUCUCUGUUUGAGUGGCUUGUUCCUUUUCCUUUUUCUUUUUCUUCUCUUCUCUUCUCUUGUUUUUUUUUUUUUUUUUUUCUGUAAAGCUGCUGAUUGCAGAGAUCUACUUCCUGUCCAGACCGCCGGCCGCUCGCGUCACUAACCCAGCGGUCUGCAUGCGACUCGUGACGCACUUUAAAAUAUUUUUUCUCUGGUAGUUUCACACUAUUGAAACCUUUUGUUGGAUUAAAAUGUAAUGACACACACGUUAAAUACAUGUUGCAGUACCACGACUGACCACCGGCUGAGUGGCGGCGCUGCAGCACACCUUAAUACAUUUA